AUACUAAAAGGCUCAUACACACAAACGGACGCUAAUCAUCCAGUUGCAGUCCUGACCAUCCAGAUGAGUCUCAAAAUGAAGACAUUAGCCAUUCUUUUUCUAGUUUGCUUCCUGCGUCAAGCUGUCGGAAUGAGUGUGGGGGAUUUCAGAGAUUUCAUGCAACAGUCCAGCAGGAAGAUCCGAGAGGUCAGUGCUCCAGCACCCAUCGACUGUAAAAUGACUGCCUGGUCCCAGUGGGCACCCUGUGACCCUUGCACUAAAACCAAGUAUCGUUCAAGGGGCAUCGAGGUGUUUGGGCAGUUUGGAGGUCAAAGGUGUAUUGAGUCUAUUGGAGAAAAAAUACCCUGUGUAACAACGACUGAAUGUGUGGAGGAUCCUCCACCUGUCUGCACAAGUUCUCAGUUCCAGUGUGAAUCAGGUCUGUGUAUUCCCAUACGUCUGGUAUGCAAUUUGGACAACGACUGUGGUGACUUUUCUGAUGAAGAAGAAUGUGAUAAGACCCGGCCACCAUGUGGUGACAUCAUUGUGAGGGAGUCCGACAUUGGCCGGGACGCUGGAUAUGGCAUCAACAUUCUGGGAUCUGGCCCUCGCAUGAACCCAUUUAAUAACAAAGUCUACAAUGGAAUAUGUGACCGUGUCAAGAACCCAGCCACACUGCAGUAUGACAGAGUACCCUGGAAUGUUGCUGUCCUUCACUUUGAGACUAAAGUAGAGGAGUCCAGUUCUAAAGAGAUCUAUCAAGACACUCACUCUCUGAUUAGAGAGCUGAGCAAAGAUACUACCUACCAAUUAUCUUUUGGACUGUCCUUCAAGUUCACACCCACUGAGUCUCAGUCUGAGUCAGCCACUGGGUCUCAGUCUGCGUCAGCCACUGGGUCUCAGUCUGCGUCAGCCACUGGGUGUCAGUCUGAGUCAGCCACUGGGUGUCAGUCUGGGCCAGCCAAGAAGAAGAUAAGCGUGGGGGGCUCAUUUGGAAUAGACACUGAGUCUGAAAAGGGGAACAUGGUCAAAACCAUCACUGAGUACAGCAACACCAAGGGUAAGACCUUCUUCAGAGUAAAAGGCAAAGUACAACUAGGCACAUACAGGCUAAGGUCACGAAGCCUGGAGGUAUCCGAGACUUUCCUGGACAGUGUGGAUGCCCUGCCCAUUGAAUAUGAAAAGGCCCAGUAUUAUGGUUUCUUGGAGGACUAUGGAACCCAUUACACCAGAAAUGGAAGAGUUGGAGGAGAAUAUGACCUUGUUUAUGUGCUCAAUGAUGAUGUAGUUACUCAAAAGAAGGUGACAGAAACCAUGCUGAAGGACUGUUUUAAAAUUGGUAUUAAUGCCAAGCUUGAUAUUGACACAUCUGUGGGAAAGUUUGAACCAGAAAUAAAAAAUCCACCAUCAGGCGAGUGUAUAACACUCACAGACAAGAUGACAGAAGGUGGUGGUGAAAAUAAAUCAAUGAUUGAUAAGGUGAUAAGCGCCGUGAAGGGAGGCUCCCCGCAGUCAGCCGCAGCCAUGAAGUCCCAGCUCGGUAAAGAUGGUGUGCUGGACGGGCAGCACUAUGUGGAGUGGGCGAGGACACUUGGAGAACUGCCUGCUCUCAUCUACAGUGAGCCAGAACCCAUCUACAAUGCGAUUCCACUGAGUUUCCAGGACGCCCAAACCAAAAGACUGAACCUGCAGAGGGCACUGAAUCAGUAUAUGGCCGAGUACAGUGUGUGUAAGUGCCAACCAUGCCACAAUGGAGGCACCGUGGCCCAGAUAGAUGGAGAGUGCAAGUGCCUGUGUCCAGUGCAUUUUGAAGGCAUUGCCUGUCAAAUCCUUCGUCACGACUUAAUGAAAGAUAAGAGCAAACCUGUUGAACAGCAGGGCAACUGGGCCUGCUGGUCAGCCUGGUCCAGCUGCAGUGGUGGACGCCAAACCCGUACACGCACCUGCAACACAGGUGGCAUUGCAGGAGCCACCUGUAAAGGAAUCACAGUCAGCGAGGACAGUUGCUAAAUUAGCUGUCUAAUACACACCAACACAUCGCAUACCCUCUGGUCCUCUUCUUUUCUUAAUAAAACAACAGUCCAGAAUAAAA